CAAAGAAUUCACACUGGAGAGAAACCUUUUGGCUGUGAGCAAUGUGGGAAGAGUUUUAGUCGGCUACAAACCCUGAAAUCACACCAGAGAAUACACACUGGUGAGAAACCUUAUAGCUGUAAUCAAUGUGGGAAGAGUUUUACUCAGCUAAACAGCCUGAUAGUACACCAGCGGACACACACAGGAGAAAAAUCUUAUAGCUGUAGUCAAUGUGGGAGGAGUUUUUCUACAUCUAGCUAUCUAACUAUACACCAGAGAACACACACAGGAGAGAAACCAUAUAGCUGUAAUCAAUGUGGGAAGAGUUUUACUCAGCUAAACAGCCUGAUAGUACACCAGCGGACACACACAGGAGAGAAACCUUUUGGCUGUGAUCAAUGUGGAAAGAGUUUUGGUACAUCUGGCUGCCUGAAUACACACCAGAGAACACACACAGGAGAGAAACCUUAUACCUGUGAUCAAUGUGGAAAGAGUUUUGGUACAUCUGGCUCCCUGAAUACACAUCAGAGAACACAUACAGGAGAGAAGUCUUAUAGCUGUAGUCAGUGUGGGAAGAGUUUUACUCAGCUAAAUAGCCUGAUAGUACACCAGCGGACACACUCAGGAGAGAAACCUUAUAGCUGUGAACAAUGUGGGAAGAGUUUUACUACAUCUAGCCAGCUGACUAUACACCAGAGAACACACACAGGAGAGAAAUCUUAUAGCUGUGAUCAAUGUGGGAAGAGUUUUACUACAUCUAGCCACUAUCUAACUAUACACCAGAGAACACACACAGGAGAGAAACCAUUUAGUUGUAAUCAAUGUGGGAGGAGUUUUACUUGGCUAAACAGCCUGGUAUCACACCAGAGAGACUCUGGAGAGGUUGAUGACGCAACAGAUGGUGAGAUACGGAACUAUUCCAAGCUCCGACCAGUGGGAUGA